UUCGUCAACAGUACGCUGCCCACAGACGAAGAUCUAGGCUCAUGGAUCGCAAGUGUGCAUUCUGCCGCGACGCCCGUGGGGAGUUUUAUGAGCGGCCUCAUGAUGGACAGAUGGGGUCGCCGACGCGUACUGCAGAUUUGCAUCCUACCCCUCACACUGGGGUGGGUCAUGAUCGCGGUGGCUCAGAGCCACGCCAUCGUCCUAACAGGCAGAAUCAUGGCCGGACUGGCUGUGGGCCUCUCCGCGGCGCCGGGACAGGUGUUUCUGGGCGAGGUGGCGGAGCCCGGCAUGCGCGGUCUUCUGUCCAGCAUCCCCUACGUCAGCUACUCGAUGGGCAUCCUCGUCGUCUACGUACUGGGAGCAACACUGCACUGGCAGACAGUGGCGUGGCUGGCGACAAUAUUACCAUUGCUGUCACUUUUGUCGUUCUCCCUGCUGCCAGAGAGUCCUGUGUGGCUCGUCAGAAAUAACCGUGUGGAAGAAGCGGGCAAAGCCCUCAACUGGCUUCGUGGAGCAUACAGUGGUAGAAAAACGGCGAAACUGGAGUUGCAGCAGCUGGUUAGCCGGCUUCAUAGAGAGGAGGAGGAGGCAAUCCGCCACCAGUCCGUCUCCAGCUGGAAGAUGUUCUUCAGACCGCAAAUUCUCAAACCAGUUGCCAUCAUCAACGUGUUCAACCUCAUCCAAAUCAUCUCUGGCACCUACCUCGUCAUAUUUUACGCAGUUAAUCUCAUUUCCGAAACAGAAAACGAAGCUGGAGGCAUUGACAUUUUCCUAGUAGCCGUCCUCACGGCAGUGUGCCGUCUCAUCUUUAUCAUCAUCGCCUGUUUCCUUCUCCUCUGGGUUGGCCGUCGUCCGCUAGCACUCUUUUCCGGCCUAGGGUCAUCGGCUGCAGCCUUAGGAGUUGGAACGUUCUUGUACUACCGUCACCCUUCAUCGGAACCAUCGGACACUUGGAUCAUAGCCGGCUUCAUCCUCGCCUACGUAGCCACCAACACGGUCGGAUUUUUUGUCUUGCCAGGAAUCGCCAUUGGUGAAUUACUGCCAGUAAAAAUACGAGGAUCUUUUGGUGGUUACAUCUUUGCUAUAUUUAAUCUUUCUUUAUUUUUUAUAGCUAAAGUAUUUCCGUUCAUGUUGCAAACGAUGGGAUCUCACGGCGUGUUUUGGAUGUUCGGCAUAUCUUCAAUAAUUGGAACAUUAUUCGUAUACCUCUUCUUCCCAGAGACUAAAGGAAAAUCGUUAGAAGAAAUCGAAGACUAUUUUGCUGAGAAAAAUGUGUUGUGGUUAACGAGAAAGAAACAUCAAAGUACCAAUGAACCACUAAAAGUGCCACUAGAAAAUAUUCCGAUACUAAAAGAUGAAUCUACACCAGUAGAUACUGUGGUGACCUCCAAUGGACAGACCCUAAGUAAUGGCGACACCAGGAAUGAAGAUGUCCAAACAGAGAAUAUUCACCCUUCUCCACGAGGAAUAAUCGCCCAAGGUAUCCACGUUGGAUACUCGGCGAUACUGAUACCUCAGCUGAAGAACGAGAACAGCACGCUGCCCACAGACGACGAGCUUGGAUCAUGGAUAGCCAGUGUCCAGUCAAUCGCCAGUCCAUUCGGAGCCUUCCUCAGCGGCAUGCUGAUGGACCGGUGGGGCCGUCGAACCACCCUCAUAUUGUGUACUAUUCCUUUCACGGCCAGCUGGAUCGCCCUUUCCUUAGCGACACGCCAUGCCGUCAUCCUCACAGCAAGAGCCAUGGCGGGUUUUGCAUCGGGCCUUACCAUUGGGCCCACACAGGUGUUGGUGGGUGAGAUAUCAGAGCCCCGUAUCAGGGGGAUGCUAACAGGGACAAACUUCUUGAGUCACUCACUCGGGAUCCUUCUGGUCUACAUGAUGGGAGCGGUUAUGGACUGGAAAGUCGUGUCUGGAAUCAGCACUGUACUCCCUCUGUUUUCCUUGGUGGCGUUCAUCCUGCUUCCAGAGAGCCCUGUGUGGCUCGUCAGAAAUAACAAGAUCGAGGAAGCUGAGAAAGCCCUGAGGUGGCUUCGUGGAGGAGGAGUGGGGAUAAAUGCGAGACGUGAGCUACAGCAGCUGAUUUCGAGAUACGAACAAGAGAAGGAGGAGGGCCUGACUAGCAACUAUGGAAAGCCUGCAGUGAAAAACGCCAAAAGCUGUUGUCGGGAUCUCUCGAAACCCCAUAUCUUCAAGCCACUCAUCAUCGUCAGUGUCUUCUAUUUGGUCCAGGUCAUUUCUGGAACUUAUCUUGUAAUAUUCUAUGCAGUUGAUAUAAUCACGCAAGCGGGAAGUAAUGAGGGCCUGGGACUUGACAGGUUCCUGACGGCAGUCCUCACAGCAGCUGUUAGAUUGCUCUUCGCCAUUGUCAUGUGUUUCCUCUUGGUCUGGAUAGGACGUCGACCUCUCGUCAUUAUAGCAGGAUCACUACAGACAAUAUCAGCGUUGUCUGUUGGCGCCUUCUUAUAUAUGAAGAAUGGGAUAAAUAUUACGAGCCACGAAUUUCCGGCGUGUAAUGUGUUUAUUAUUGCAAGUAUACUGGCUUAUGUAGCAUCAAACACUUGUGGCUAUUUUUGCAUGCCAGGAAUUGCAAUGGGAGAAUUGCUACCAGGUAAAAUUCGAGGUUCAGUAGGAGGUUUCAUUCUCGCUGCUACCUAUCUUGGAUUUUUUGUUACAACUAAGAUCUUCCCGUGGCUUUGUAACUUGCUGGGGGUGCACGGAAUUUUCGGUGUUUUUGGUAUUACAGCGGCAAUAGGAACGUUCUUUAUGUACCUUUUCUUACCAGAAAGCAGUGAGAAAUCCCUGUCGGAAAUAGAGAACUAUUUUUGUCAACCAAAUGUCAUGUGGGUGGGAAGGAAUAUCGUGUUGAGGCACAGUGGUAUUACGUCGGGAGAUUAUGAGAUGCAAGUUAGACGUUGAAAUGGUCAAGUGCCUCUUAUAAAUUGAGAUGUGACAUAUUUAGAUGUAGCAAAAUAUUGCACUUUGGCAACAGCACGCAACGUAAAAAAAGUCUUUUAAAGACGACAGAAUUCUCGAGACUGUCACUGGAAUGUGAGUAUUAUCAAAAUUCAUGGUAUGUAGUAUAAUACAAAUCCAUUAUAUUUAAACUUUACAAGGCUAUCAUACUUAAAAAAGAAACCUGUUAUAAUGUUUAAAAAUAAAAAGACAAUUUCUAUAACGCGGAAAA